AUGGCAUGGUUUGCAGACCUAGCCGGGAGAGCUGAAAAUCUCCUUAAUAGUUUAGAUGAGCAAACCGGUGCUGCAUUGCGUAAUCAUAAUGUUACGAAAAAAAAAUGGGAGAAAAACGAAUUUACUGUGGCACAACAAACUGAAUCAACUUGGGGGCAAAGGAAGCGGCUACCACCACGUACCUUGAAAAAAAUUAAUACGGAAAACAAGAGUUCAAUACCUUCAAGAAAGAGUUCGCCCUUAUCCAAUCAUCAGUCUCGAUCACCCUCAAGAGAUAAUCAGGAUGUAAAAAAUCUAAAACCUAAAAAAUCUGCGUCAAGAAAAUCAAGCCCACAAUAUACCAUGAAUCAAUGCCCCAACACACUAGUUGCUGAUCAUAAAGAUAAACCUCGUACUAUUAAACAGAGGAGGCUUAGUUUGCCAGCGGAUCUGGAAGUAUACAGCGGGGAUGACGACCUUAUGUAUCAAAUGCAAAACAUGGAAGUAGAAAAUGCAAUGCUAAGGAAUGAACUAAAUGUGAUGAACAGAGAGGUGUCAGAAUUGGCAACUAAGCUGCGCAUGACUCAAGACGGUAAUAAUGUAGAUAGUCAAGAUGCAGCAAAAACUCAAAUCAAAUUAGAGACAGCUGAUUUAAUGUACCAAAAAAUUAAUACAGAGAAAGAGGCCCUGUCUGCUCAGGUGGAGCAGCUAAAACUCAAACUGACAGAGAAUACUAAUACAGAAGUGACCAAACAAAAAGAGCUUAACAAGGGUUUGCAGGAAGAAAUUGAAUUAUUAAGGAUUAAGACAGCAGAUUCAGACGAAAAGUGUACAGAACUACGUCACAAGUUAAAUGAAAAGGAAAUAGCACAAAUAAAGUUAGAGAAUGACUUAAGACAUGCACAAUCUACUAUUUCGAAUCUUCAAAGCAAUUUAGAAAAGAGUAAUGAAGAAUGCAGACGAUUAGAGAGGGACUGGGAAGCUUACAAAGUGAGAGUGAAAAACAUGUUACUCAGUAAAGACAAUGUAAUAAAGUCACUCCAAGAGGGAAUGGAAGUAACUGUGGACACAAAGGAAUUGAUGCAUCAAAUACAAGCUUUAAAGGAGGAGCGUGACGAGCUUUCGGAAGUGACAACAGCGAUGCGAAACGAAUGCGAAGACUUGAAAUCAUACAUGGGGCAGGUGGAGGCGCGACACACCGCGGCCGAGCGAGUGGUGUGCGCGUUAAGGGACGCGUUGCGCGAAGAGCGGACGGCGCGGAACAGGGCCGAUGCUCAGUGGGCCUCUGUCACCAAGGACUUGAAAUCUUUACAAAUAGAAACAGGCCAGACAAUAGCCAGCUUACGGAUGGCUUUACGAGAUAAAGAUAAUGAAUUACACCGGCUUCGGGAUACGUCCUCCACCGUCCGCAGCACAGACACGAGUGCGUUAAAUGUAGCCGACUAUGACAUAAAACAGGAUACCAUAGACAGUAACAAGAUAGAGUACUUGACACAGGCGCUUGUCUUGAGACAGUCGAAGAUAGACAAAUUGUUAGCUGAUAAUAAUAUCCUGAAAAUACAGUUAGAAAAGUUAGAGACAAAAUAUAAAAAAGAAAUAUCAGCGGUCCGGUCGAAUUCAUCUCACAGCGUGGUCCACCUACAAGAUGAGUGUCGGCAUCGCUCCCGGUCCAAUAUGACCACGGACACACUGUCCGCACUCUCAGUCCGGCUCGGCGUCAUGGUCAAGCGGUACCCUGUGUUGAGGGUGUUUGUUAUUGCUUAUAUGGUCUGUCUUCAUUUCUGGGUCCUCACCGUGUUAUGCACAAGCACUCCAGAAUUCGCUUCUAGACCUUCUAAAUCGUGA